AUGUUUUCCAGAACAGGCUUUCUACCCUUCCUGCUCGGGGUUGGGUUGUCUAUAAGCCAACAAACAAAAGCUCUAUCCGUCAUACACACAUCAUCAGGACUGGUGCAAGGGAAACUCGCAUCAGGAACAACGAAUCAGGUUCAAGAGUAUUUGGGUAUACCCUACGCUCAACCCCCAGUCAACGAAUUACGAUGGGCACCUCCUGAGCGAUUCCAUGGCACCGGUGUUAUAGAUGCUACAAGUUUUGGCUAUAGUUGUCCAGCGAAUGCAACAUUCGCAUCCAGAGAGGAGCUAGAAACUCGGUCGAGAGAGUUCAGUCUCACGCCGCAGGCAAUACCUAUAUUGGAAAACCUAUUGGAACAGCCCAGCGUCCAAUAUAGCGAGGAUUGUUUGACUCUGAAUGUAUGGACCAAGCCGUCUGUUAAUACAACACUGAAGCCGGUUUUGUUUUGGAUUUAUGGAGGCGGUUUUAAUACUGGUACUACCAAUAACACAGCUUAUAAUGGCAAAUAUAUCGUCGAUCUUGAAGAUGUGAUCAUCGUCUCUGCAAACUACCGACUUAAUAUUUUCGGCUUCCCAGGAGAUCCAAAUAUCAGAAAUAAUCUCGGGCUCCUCGAUCAGCGUCUUGCAAUAGAGUGGGUCCGUGAUAACAUUGCAGCCUUUGGCGGAGACCCCGAUCGCAUCACAAUCUUCGGGCAGUCUGCGGGGGGAGAAUCAGUCGACUUCUACACCUAUGCGUGGACAUCUGAUCCAAUCGUGGCUGGCUUCAUUUCCGAGUCUGGCACAGUAUAUUCACCGGGAGCUCAGACUGAUGAAGCUACUUCAGCUUCGAGAUGGUACAAUAUUACUGCCACCCUUGGAUGUGGAGAUGCAAGUUCAGAUCCCGAUGCGUUACUCACUUGCAUGCGAUCCAAGGACUGGCAGGAUAUCCAAGACGCCAUCCCAAUCAGUACAGGCAUCGCGAGCGUAAUAGGCCUAUUUGGCCCAACCGUCGACAACAUUGUCGUCUUCAGCGACUAUGCCGCCCGGUCAGCGGCAGGAAAUUUUAUCAAACGGCCACUGUUUCUAGGAAGCAACAACUACGAAAUAGGCUUAUUCCGUCCAAUAUUCGAUGCCGAGAAUGUGACUUUCACAGAAGCCCAAUGGGACUAUCUCAACUUUGUCAUAUAUACAUGUCCUACUGCUUACCGAGCCGAGGCUUCUGUAAGCAACAACGUUCCAACAUGGCGAUAUAGAUUUUUUGGAGAGUUCCCCAAUUUGCGACUGACGGAUUCUCCGGACUCUGGAGCUUGGCAUGGAAGUGAAGCUAUUCUUAUUUUCAAUACGGAUGGUGAUCUUGAGAAAUUUGUCCCUCGAACAGAGCAGGAGACUGAAAUUGCGGAUUAUAUGAGGAAAGCAUGGGUAGCGUUUGCUGUAGAUCCGGAAAAUGGCUUGGAGACGUAA